AUAUAUUGCGAAGUAUAUUAACAGUAGUAAAGCUAAACCUGUGUACGUGUUAGUAAUAUACAAUUCUGACUACCGGCGCCAUCGUGCGUUUACUUAAGCCGAUGAUACACUCAUACGGGACUAUAACAGAUGACACACAAUUUAACAGUUCCAACAAAUAAUUAUCCGCUGAUGUGUAACUGCUGUGUGUUCAAUUUCCUAUAGUUCUACUACUAUCACAGACCGUAUAAUAAUAAUAAUGUGCUUUUGUCGAUGAUAACAAAACAAAGCAUGAAAGCAACGUCUCUCAUUUUGUGUAUGUUUCAGUCUGCUAAAAGUAAACUAAUCUAUUGAAAGAUAAAUAAUAACAACCUAGAUGACUAAAUCGUCUCUGUGAUGCUAUAAAGCUAAAAUGGAGCAAAAUUCAAGCGAUCCUGCUACAAAUGUCAAGCCUCGGCGUGGGAGACCAAAGAAAAGUGAAAAUGAUAAGAAUAAACAUCACCACAUUCGCCUUAGAAAGUCAAAACCCAGAGCAGUAAAAGUUAUAGCACCAGCAGAGCCAUUUAUUCGUGUUAAAAAAACUUCAACUAUUACAAAGACAAAUCUCAAGUCACAGUCAGAUGCUACACAGACAGGCUUAUCUAUUUCAUCUCCAGCUGAGCCCCAUACACCAGCAGCUAUUAAAUCAAAUAUUCACUCCCUAAUCACUAUCACUUCCCCAACAAAUGGAACUAAGAAGCUACUGUUAGUAACAGACAAAACUUAUCCACCUGACUUCCAUUCUGUAAAAAUUAACUGCAAUGCAUCUAAUGUAACAUCAAGUACAACAACAACAACAACAACCACCACAUCAGUUGCUGAUAACAAUCAAAUUUUAUAUCAGAUUUCCAAUAAUAAACCUGGAAUGGUUAUAUUAACUACUGGUUCACAAACACAAUCUAAAAUGCAACCUAAACAAUAUUUGCUCAUUCCAACAUCUGGUACAAGCGAUUUAUCUCUAAUAAAUCCCUCUCUAACAGCUAUUUCAUCAAGUCAAAACAAGCUAAUUGCUUCUCAGGCAGCUAACCCAGCUGAUCGAAUUAAUCAGUCAGUAACAUCUAAUUCAUCACCCCUUCAUGAUAAGAUACUAGUCAAAUCAGAUUUGUCUGACUCUGAUAAACUCUCUGGUGCACCUCUCCCAACAGCCGCCAAAAUGACUGUACCAAAUAAAGUAGGGAAUUUGCAAGAAACAAAUGUGCAUGUGAGAAAGCAUGUCUCUAUUUUACCAAAAUCUGCAGAGAAUGCAAGUGACUAUGCUACUCAGUGUGCUAAACUGAGAGAAUCUGUAGAGAACAUCAGGGGAAAUAGAGAUAUUACUGGAACAUCAGAAAAUUCUAAAAUUAUUACUGGUAGUUGUAACUUAAAGACUGCCUGUUUAACACAGAAAUGUGCUCCUUCAACUCUUGUAAACAAUGGUAUGAAUUGUUCUCUAUCUGAAAACAAUGGUUCAAAUCAACUAAAAUGUAACUUUUCUUCUGUGGACAAUGCUAAAACCUCGUUAAAUUCACCAACAGUGCCUCAUACAUCUUCUGGGUUAAGUUUUAGUAAGAGUGAAUCCAUUUCUCAAAAAAAGGUCGAUCCUAAACGACCUUAUGGUCCACGGGCCAGGAAAUCCUUUCCAAAAGUAUAUGAUAUACCUGCUUCCAUAAAAUCUACUGUUCCUUUCUCUCCAGUGCAAUUAACGAGUACUUCACGAUCAUUGUGGAGCAUGGCACCCUCCAAUUCCAAAAUGAACUCCAGUUCCAUCCCAGCUUAUUCUUUGCAUUCCCCAUCCCAAGAGUUUAUUUCACAGACUAGUUUUAUAUCAGACCACCAUCCAGUUCCAAUUAGUAUUGCAGAUUAUAAACAAACUUUAUCAAAUAUUUUACCACACAGGAAUGUAAGUAUUAAUCAGAACACUCUAGAGAUUUGCACUGAUUCUAAUAAAGGCCCAAUUCUUUCUCGGGACAUGAAAAUACCUCCAGUACCUUCUAAACGUCAGAUAUAUUCUUCUCCCCCAAAGCUAACGAUUGCACCAGGUUUUUCCUCUGUUAAAUCAAAACAAAAAAAUUCAAAUAAAAAGAAAAAAUCCCCUUCAAACCUUCUAGUAAUAAAAGAACGAGAAGAAUUCUUUGAUGAUUGUACACCAACAAACGUUCCUGGAGAUAUGAGUCCUCCUAAACUUGAACGAGAAGAUGGAUAUGGUUUUGUACAAAAUGAUCCCUAUCCACCCAACUUACAACCUCAGUAUCAAACAAACACACAGUUAUCAUCUACAUUGCUUCAAAAUCACACAGACAAUAUGGCACCAUCAUUACCAGACCGUUCAAGAUAUGCAGCAGGGCUUAAAAAGAAUCGAAAAUUGUCUUUCGGUAAAUUAUUUAGCUGUAUGUUGGCUAAGUCAUCCAAAUAUAAAAAAUCUAUAAACCACUAUACUAUUUUAUUUGAAAUAGCUCGAAGUAUUCACUGCUGUGUUGUAUUGUCAGAACUUGGUUACUGUGGCUCUGUAGAUUUAAAAGAUCUUCCAUAUAGACUUGUCACGUCUAUAAAAUGUUCAAAAAGAUGCAGGCAGCAGUUCAUGAAAACAGCAUCAAGUGUUGGGUCCUUACCUUUGUUUAAGCGUCCUUCUAAUGGACCAUUAAUAAAAGAUGAUAAUCAAAUGAUCAAAACUGAAAAACCAGCUUCUCUACACACCAGUAACUUAGAUUACCCAACUGAAUUUAGUGAUAAAAACAUUAUACAGUCAGAUACUCUUCAAAUGAAACAUUUUUCAGGGAAUUAUGUUUCUUUGUUAAAGCAACCAGAACUGAGAAGUGAAAGCUUUAUUCAUGCUCCUGUGAUGAAACCACAAUUUUAUGGCAAUCCAGGUGUGCCAAAUUCUUCCCAGACUUUAAAUACUCAUUCUCAAACUCUAGAUACAGAACAUAAUUAUUUUAAAUUAUCUAAUGACAAACUAACAGCAAAUUAUACAAACUCAUAUGCAGAUAUAAACAAGGAAAGCUUGCCAAUUUUCAAUAAUAAUUGUGGUAAUGAAAGUGUGCCAAAUUCACUGAACACAUUUUCAAAAGCACCAAAUAAUGCUGCUUUGAGUUCCAAAGCAGCAAUAUCAAAUACUGGUGCCUUGAUAACACCACUGCCACCAUCACCACUACCACCACCACCAUUUUCUACUGAAAACAGCAUUAUUGGUAAACUAAAAUAUGAAAUAGUUCCAAAAGAAAAAUUUCUCUCUAUGAAUUGCAGUUCUAAUAUGAUUCCAGUUACAAAGAAUCAGAAUGAUGCUUGUAAAAAUGGAAUUCUCAAAGGCAACUCCAAUAAUCAAUUGGUUCCUAAUCCAAAGAAUUUGGGAUAUAAAAAUGCAGAAGGUUUAGAGAAAACAACUAUUUCACAGCAAAGGAAUAUUUCUUGUCUAACAAAAAGUCCUGAACAGUUACUGUUACCAUCAAAAAGUGAGAUUAUCAUAAAAAAGAAAAAGUUUGGGAAAAAUAAAAUUGAGAGAAAACGGAAAACUUUUGAUGAGAAAAUGCAGCUGUUAAAAGAAAAUGAGUGUUUUAUGAAUAACACCAUUAACUCAGCUUUAACAAAUAAUGUAAUGUCAAAAUUAACCAUUAAGAAAAAUAUUAAGAAACAGUCUAAUUAUGAACAUGCUCCUUCUUUAGAAGAAGUGAAAUCUUUUUAUAAUGAACCAACUACUACUGAUCGUGUUGUUAUGCUUGAUCCCAAUGACCGGCUAAUCACACGAAAAAAGUCAGAGAAAGAAAAAAAAGUUCCUAAGAAAAGGGGACGCCCUCCUAAAGACCGUUCUUUCAAGCUUUCAGAGAAACCAUGUGUAAAAACUCAGUUUGGUAAGCGUUUGUUAAAAAGAAAAUAUAAAAAGGCUAAGCUCCAAAAGGUAAAGACUUCUGGUUCAAUGAAUUCAUUGAUCAUAGAAAUCCAAGAGAAACUCACUCGAAAUCAGGGAAACAUAUCAAAAGAUAUUAAACCAGUUCUUCAGUGCCCAAAGAAAUUGAAUAUUCAAAAUAUCAUUGAUGCUAUUUAUAUGGCAUCAUCACGUAAGAAAAAAGUUCGGCUAAGUUUGAGUUCUUCAAAGUUAAAUAGUGUUUGUAAGAAACCUGUCAAUUGGAAAAAAAUAGCUCGGCAGCCUUUUAAAAAUCACGACUUUACUGAAAAUAGUUUUGAUAUAAAAUCUAAGACUGCCAGAAAACUUAUAUCAACAACUGUGAGUAACUGCAGUUCAAAUCCAAAUUUUGUAACUUGUAAAACUGAAUUGAAAGAUACACUGGAUAUAAAAAACAUUUGCACUGAUUUAAUUAAUACCCAGAAAAUAAAUGAAUACCAAACCUCUUUGAAUAACUUCUCCACACUAAAUAAUUCUUCAACAACUGUUUCUCGUCCUCCUGGCCGUAAAAGAGGGCGUCCAGCAAAAUUAAAAGUACGACCAGUUUCUGGGACUCUAAAUUAUGACCAUACUUAUCAGACUGGAACACCUCCCUGUGAUAAUAGUCUCUUGAAAAAUUCUUCUGCAGUAGCCAAACACAACAUUCUGCAAGCAUCAAAAAAAUCUUUCAGGAGAAGAAAAUCCUCAAAACGACGUGGUAAAUAUUGUUUAUCUACACAGACAACCAGACUAACUGGAAUGGAUACUAAGGUCCCUUCCCAUAAUUCAGUAUCACUCAUGGAUGAUCAUUCCAGUAAUUUACAAACAGAUAUGGGAGCUACAGAAGAAAUCAAAUUACCAUGCUUGAGAAAGAAAAGAAAAAUCGUAGCUCAAAAUAAAGCAUGGAAAAAAAGGAAGAAAACUUCUAAGAUUCAUUCUAAACACUCAAAUGAUGUUCUUGAACGACAAGUUCUUAAGUGUCCAUGUGGCACAGAUGGAGAAAAUAUUACCAAUGAAACAAAAUUACCUCUUACAACGGGUUCUCUCCUUUCAUGCAGUAAUAUGAUAAAGGAAUGUGUUAGAGAUAAUAUAGAUGAGGACAAAAUUAUAAAGGAACCAUCAGUAGAUUAUGAUGAUGUUCUCUCAGAAAAUAAUAUAUUUAAGAAACAUGAUUGUAAAAAGACCUUUGAUAAUGUAACAGAGCUCCCACCGAGCUCACCUGUACCCAUUUUAGUUAAUAAUAGUUCAGAUGUAAUAAAAUUGGUCCCCUCAAAAUCCGUAUCCUUACAACAACCACUUUCACCAUCCUUAGACUCUACAGAAUGUGAUAAUUUUUCUGAAUCAAAUAUGUCACCUUUUUCUAAAACAAGCCAGGCUUCUAUGUAUUCUCAAGAUGACUUAGAACAAACUUUUGCUUCGAGUGAUGUGACAGAAGUCUGUCAUCCUUGUGGUACUUCCCCAGAUGAUACUGAAACUAGCCCCAAAUUUUCUCUUUCUCAGCCUUCUCCUGUAAAUCUUUCAGCAAAUGACAAUUCAUUCACAAUACAACCUAAGUAUUCCGAAACUGAUCAAGAAGCAAAUAUUACUCGUACACACCAUAGUGCCUUACUGAAUAAGUUUAAUGUGGGACUCACCCCGGAAUUAGCUCGAAUCCAACGUCUUAAAGACAAAUUGGAGCAACAGAAAAAAACAAUAGAUAUAGUUAAACAAAAAUUAAGUUAAAUAUAAAGUAUAAACAAUAUUCAUAAUUGUUUUUCAUUUCUCAGCUCAUAAGACAAAAUUACCAAUGCAACUAUCAUUUAAUGUAAUUAUAAUGGUUUAUAUCAAACCAUAAAUAAUAAAUUUAACUUUUUUUUUUAAAAAAAAAAAACCAAAGGUUGAAGGUAACUUGGCUUUCUUGUCAUCAUCAUGUUUUUGUUGUUGCUGUUGUUUUGUUAUCAUUAUAAAGGUGGUGGAUUGGCAUAUCAAACUAAAUAGCUUUCAUAUGUUUAGUUCUGCUCCUCUGCAUUCUGAGUUCAAACCUAUCAGAGUCAACUUAGCCUUUCAUGAUUCUAAAAUUGAUAUGCACCUAUUUAUGUGCUGGGUUACAAAUUUGUGGCCUUGUGCCAAUGAAAGAAAUCAUCAUCAUCCUUGUCUUUAUCAUCAGCAUCAUCAUCAUCAUCAUGGUGGAGGCAGCUGAGUUGAUAGUCUAUAUGUCUUACAGUAUAUAGUUUUGUUUCUUUCAAUUCCUAGCUCCUUUCCUACCAGGAUCAACUUCGCUUUUCCUCCCCACUGGAUUGACAAAAUAAGUAACUCAUAAUAUACUGGAUUCUAUUUAAUCAGCUCUUUUCCCUUGCAAAAGUUAUCCUUGUGUUCAGUCAAAAGAUAACACUUGUUAUUUUCUAAGUUGUCAGAAGCAGUAGAGCAACAUACUAAGUAUCUUCAUUUACUUACAUAGCACUAAGUAAGAAUAUACCCUGGACAACUACUACAAAUUUGUAUUCUGUGACCAAUUUGAAAUAAAGCACUAUCAGGAUUGGUAGAUCAGUGAAUAAAAUACCUCAUGGUAUUUACUUAGGUAUCUUUUUGUUUUGAGUUCAAAUCCUGCCAGGUUCAUUUAUUGCUCUAGUAGCUGCGAGGAAGUCGACUUUUGUGCUUCACAUUAUUUAGUUCAGUAGAGGGGGUUAAUUAGAUUCAUUAGAACAUCAAACAGAAGUUUUGUGUUAUUUGUUCUGGGUUUUCGCAUUCUGAGUUCAAAUCCCACCGAGACUAACUUUGCCUUGUAUCCCUCCAGGAUCAAUAAAAUAAAGUACCUAUCAAGUACUUGAGUCAAUAUAAUUGACUGUCUCUCCUCCAAUUCCUGACCUUGGUCCUAUGUUAGAAAUUGUUUAGUUCAUUGUCCUAGGUUUCUCUGUUCAGAUCCCAUCAGCAUUGGUUAUGCCUCUCAUCUCUAGUGUAAAUUUGAUUCCGGCUGUAUAUCCUCCAUUUAUAUAUCAUUGGUUUGGUUCGCAGUCAUAGGAAGUUAUUUUUAUUUUGUAAAGGCUGAGUGGUAUAACAUAGAGGUAAGCUUUUUAGUAUUGAUCCAUAACCUGGUUUAAAUCCUAGUCAGGGCUGUUUCACUUCAUUUACAUUGCUAAUGCUUUUGGGAAAGGCAUACAUUAUACAAGUUUCCCCACUCUAAAAUUCUCAGGCUUUAAAACAAUGUAAGAAAUUAUUACUAAUAAAGAAGUCAUCAUUAUCUUCAUCAAUAUUUUAUUAUUAGCAUUACUACUAUUACUACUACUUAUUAUCCUCUUACUUCCAUGUAUUUAUUUGCACAAUUAAAAUUACUUUCAAAAUCUUUUCAAUUUACAUGUAUGAUUUUAAUGAAAAGAUUUACACAUUCUUCAGAAUCAUCAGAAAACAACUUCUUCAAUUACAUUUUAUUCAAUAAAUUU